GGGGGAGCGAGUGCGCCGCUAGAUCAGGGAGCGCGCCGCCGCCGCCGCCGCCGCCCUCCUCCGGAGAGAGGCAGGAGUGAGGCUGUGCGAAGCGCCGCAUUUCGAUGAGGAGCGGCCGAGGCGCGUCCCUCCGCUAGCGGCUGCAGCCCAGACGCCCGCGGUCCAGCAGCGGCCGCCGCCCAGCCCCGGCCCCGCCGCCGCCGCCCCGCAGCCCCGCGGCCAGGCCGCGCCCAGCCCCGCGAAGACAGCACCAGGAGGCGGCCCCCAGCGCGGCCACAAAGACCCCCGGCGGCGUCUCUCCGCGGACCGGUUCAACUUUAACUCCGUCAUGUCCUUCGGCAGAGACAUGGAGCUGGAGCACUUCGAUGAAAGGGAUAAGGCGCAGAGAUACAGCCGAGGGUCGCGGGUGAACGGGCUGCCCAGCCCCACGCACAGCGCCCACUGCAGCUUCUACCGAACCCGCACGCUGCAGACCCUCAGCUCUGAGAAGAAGGCCAAGAAAGUUCGUUUCUAUCGAAACGGAGAUCGAUACUUCAAAGGGAUUGUGUAUGCCAUCUCCCCAGACCGGUUCCGAUCUUUUGAGGCCCUGCUGGCUGAUUUGACCCGAACUCUGUCGGAUAACGUGAAUUUGCCCCAGGGGGUGAGAACAAUCUACACCAUUGAUGGGCUCAAGAAGAUUUCCAGCCUGGACCAGCUGCUGGAAGGAGAGAGUUAUGUGUGUGGCUCAAUAGAGCCCUUCAAGAAGCUGGAGUACACCAAGAACGUGAACCCCAACUGGUCUGUGAACGUCAAGACCACCUCUGCUUCGCGGGCGGUGUCCUCGCUGGCCACCGCCAAAGGGAGCCCUUCGGAGGUGCGGGAGAAUAAGGAUUUCAUUCGGCCCAAGCUGGUCACCAUCAUCAGAAGUGGAGUGAAGCCGCGGAAAGCUGUCAGGAUUCUGCUGAACAAGAAGACGGCUCACUCCUUUGAACAGGUUCUCACUGACAUCACUGAUGCCAUCAAGCUGGACUCGGGAGUGGUGAAGCGCCUCUACACCCUGGAUGGGAAGCAGGUGAUGUGCCUUCAGGACUUUUUUGGUGACGAUGACAUUUUUAUUGCAUGUGGACCGGAGAAGUUCCGUUACCAGGAUGAUUUCUUGCUAGAUGAAAGUGAAUGUCGAGUGGUGAAGUCCACUUCUUACACCAAAAUAGCUUCAUCAUCCCGCAGGAGCACCACCAAGAGCCCAGGGCCUUCCCGGCGCAGCAAGUCCCCGGCAUCAACCAGCUCAGUUAAUGGAACCCCUGGUAGUCAGCUCUCUACUCCGCGCUCGGGCAAGUCUCCAAGCCCAUCACCCACCAGCCCUGGAAGCCUGCGGAAGCAGAGGAGCUCUCAGCAUGGAGGUUCCUCCACUUCACUUGCAUCUACCAAAGUCUGCAGCUCGAUGGACGAGAACGACGGACCUGGAGAAGGUGAAGUGCUGGAGGAAGGCUUCCAGAUUCCAGCCACAAUAACAGAACGAUAUAAAGUCGGAAGGACAAUAGGAGAUGGAAAUUUUGCUGUUGUCAAGGAAUGUGUAGAAAGGUCGACUGCUAGGGAGUAUGCUCUGAAAAUUAUCAAGAAAAGCAAGUGUCGAGGCAAAGAGCACAUGAUCCAGAACGAGGUGUCUAUUUUAAGAAGAGUGAAGCAUCCCAAUAUCGUUCUUCUGAUCGAAGAGAUGGAUGUACCAACUGAGCUGUAUCUUGUCAUGGAAUUAGUAAAGGGAGGAGACCUCUUCGAUGCCAUCACUUCCACUAACAAGUACACGGAGCGAGACGCCAGUGGGAUGCUGUACAACCUGGCCAGCGCCAUCAAAUACCUGCACAGCGCCAACAUUGUCCACCGUGACAUCAAGCCAGAGAAUCUGCUGGUGUACGAACACCAAGACGGCAGCAAAUCGCUGAAGCUGGGAGACUUUGGACUGGCCACCAUUGUAGACGGCCCCCUGUACACCGUGUGUGGCACCCCGACAUAUGUGGCCCCUGAAAUCAUUGCAGAGACUGGAUAUGGCCUCAAGGUGGACAUCUGGGCAGCUGGUGUGAUCACUUACAUCCUGCUCUGUGGAUUCCCUCCAUUCCGUGGAAGCGGGGAUGACCAGGAGGUGCUUUUUGAUCAGAUUUUGAUGGGGCAAGUGGACUUCCCUUCUCCAUACUGGGAUAACGUUUCUGAUUCUGCAAAGGAGCUCAUUACCAUGAUGCUGUUGGUGGAUGUAGAUCAGCGAUUUUCAGCCGUGCAGGUCCUCGAACAUCCCUGGGUUAAUGAUGACGGCCUCCCAGAAAAUGAACAUCAGCUGUCAGUAGCAGGAAAGAUAAAGAAGCAUUUCAACACAGGCCCGAAACCGAAUAGCACAGCAGCUGGAGUUUCUGUCAUAGCAACCACCGCUCUUGAUAAGGAGAGGCAGGUUUUCCGACGAAGACGCAACCCGGAUGUGAGGAGCCGGUACAAGGCCCAGCCAGCUCCGCCCGAACUCAACUCGGAAUCGGAAGACUACUCCCCGAGCUCCUCCGAGACUGUUCGCUCCCCAAACUCGCCCUUUUAAUAAGACCCUUUCACUCGAAGUCCUAGCUUAACCCUUUGAGACUCUGAGAUUUUUUUUUUCCAAAUUUAUGUAAAACAGUUUCAUCUGAUCUACCUAGCACUCAAUGCUUGAAUGGCCGAGCAGAACAGUGUUUUCUGGUAUCCUUGUAGCGAUUUCCCUUUGCUGAAUGAGACUGUGACUUGUCGUUGGUGGAGAUGGCAGCUUGCUGCUAAUCGGGUCCUCAAAGGGUUAAGGCUAUUUUGCAACUUUUUUAAACAUAGAAGCAAUGAAUGUUUUCAUCAGUCAAUCUAGGAUCUGCAGUAUGUAACAUAGCACUUGUUAACCCUCUGAGUGCAUAGGAUUUUAUGGGGAACCCUUGGGGGAUUUUUCAGGCCUUUGGAUUUAUAUACACGUUUCUUGAUAUUGCUGCAGAUCAAGGGGUUGUUAUUAGAUGCUGAGAUGUCCAGACAAGAAGAACGUCUAGAAUAAUAUCUUGCGUGUCCUUUUUUGUGGGUUUAGAACAUGGCAGGUUUAUAACUUAAGCAUCAGCACCCCUCUUUCCUCUUCACAAUCCUAUUAAGAAAGGGGCUUUUUUUGCAUUGGAGGUCUAACUGUCAGCUGCCCUGAGUCCUGCAUCCCGAGUGGAGGGACUUGGGCCUGUGACCAACAGCCUGACCCAGAAUAUAGAUGGUGCCCUCACCCCCAAAUUGCCUCCAUAUGAAGAUGUGCUGAUGACGCCCCAGAAAUGCUGCUUCCACUUCAGCUGCUGCUACUGCCAGCGCAGACCCUCAGGAAGGCACCAUACCUUGUCCUGUGUUUGGUAAGUGAGGGUCUGCCUGCUCAGUAUGAGACCUCUACAGGAAAAAACAAACAAAACACACAACUGGUGGAAAAGAGCAAUAAAUUGCCAGGUGCUCUAUAGGGCUGGAAUGUCAAACAGAAAGAGGCAACAAGAUCCUGUUCUUUUUCUCACCUGCUUUUUCAUGCAUUUCAGUCUUCAGUGUGCAAUCCACAUAGAGUAUGGAAUCCAUACAGAGGAGGAGCACCGGGGCAUAGGGGCCCAGAGGCAGGUGCUCUGCAAGAUGGCCGAGGAGAAAGCAGAGUGGGCAAACCGUCUAGAAUAGUCUCAAAAUGGUUUUUAAAGAAAUAAACCAUUGGGAAGAUAAUUCCAUGUGCAUCUUUGGGUUACCUACAUAUAGUCUCUCAGGGAGAACAGGAUGGGAGACCUAGAGGGUAUUCCUGAGGAUAAAACUUCCACUCCCUAAGAUGACCUUUUUAUACAGCACUGUCUUUAGCCGUCCAGAGGGAGAUGCUGUUUUCUCUCUUUGGGCCAAGUCCUGUCCGACACCUGUAUUUUACUCCUGUUACCAAAUCUUUCUCCCUAGCCCUGUGUCUCCCCAGGUGAGCUUCUACUGCAGUGUGUCACGUUCAGAAUGGGGGCCUGAGGCAGCCUGUAGUCACUGCGAUGCUUAGCGGGGAGGCUGGCCAUGGGGUUGGGAGGCAGGGGCCCGACUCGAAUGUCCUCCUAAGGUUUGCUCAACUCUGUGGCCCGGGAGACAGCCAGUGAGUGAUGGCUCAUGAAAUGUGCAUCUAGAUGGCUGAACAGCACUCACUGUCUCGGCUCUGAAAUGUCCUUCAGUGCCUGGAAGUCUUGAAAUUUGUGUGCAGCACUUCCACAGUCAGUUCUUACUUUCAAAUACAGACGGAUCUUCGAUGGCUGCUUUUUACUCUUCAACUGAUGAAGGUAUGGUCUAUAUUACUCUAGAUUUUAAAAUCACAGCAUGUCAUGACUUUUGCAAAAUGGUUCCCCCAGUUUUUUGCUCUUUCACAUUUAGGUUUAUCUCUUCGGUCUGUGUUGUCUUGCCAUGUAUAUAUUAGAUCAUUUAUUGAGAUUCACCCCUGCCCCCCCGCUCCCUUUUAGAGGGUCCUGAAAGCUUAAUACACAACAUCACAAAGUAGCACAAAUCAGCUGGGUUUUUUGGGGAGGAGGAGGAGGGCAGAACACGAGGAAGGGUGUGGCGUGUAGGUAGAUUCCAUAUUAGUAAAGUACCCUGAACUGGUCAGAAACUACUGCUUUCUCUAGAACUCUAAAGCAAAGCACUAUUCUAAGUAAGACUAAGGAGUAGGUAAAUAGCUCGGCCUCAACUCUAAAUGUGGGAAUAUGAAAAAGUCCUAUGGGCAGAGACCUACCUACAGUAGAUUGUGAUUUUCCUUCCUUUCUCUGAAUUACUGCGUUUCCCGUGGGCAUUACAUGUAGUGCUCCAAUAUCUAGCGUACAGACCUUACAGUGCAUGGCUCAGGCCUUUUUCCAUCCAAGUCUUGAAGGACUGUGGACCGUGUGAAGCUGUGGCGUGUUUCCCAGAACACUGCAGAGGGGUAGCUCGGAAGAAUGCAGGGCCAUUCAGCAUGGGGAUCCCAGUGCAUCGCUGUAGAAUUUGAGUGAUCUAUGCUGAAUAAACAGCGGAAUGUGACCUGUCAAGUAGAAAUAUUGAGUAAUCAGAUGGAAUGCAGUCUUUUCAGCACUAAGCUGUUGAGAUCCUGAAUGUCAGAGAUGUACUCAGAGGGUUAACAGACAAGCACAAGGCAUGCUGAUUACGUGGGUGUACCCAGACUGCUUUUGCUUUUAGCCAGUACUUUCUAUUUUUUUUCCACAACAUUCUUGGGAUAGUUCAAGUUUGAAAUAAUUAAGUGGUGGUGUUCUUUAAGGAAUUUCUAUAACCAAAUUGAUCUUAUUUUUUAUUUCACUUUAUUAUAGAAUAAACAUGUACCAUUAUGGCAGUGUAUCUAUCUCUAUAAUUAUCAAUUUAAUCAUUGCCACAAGUGUCUCCAUAUUUUUUUUCCCUAAGUAUUUAAUAUAGCUCUUAUGGUGGUGGCCUGGUGAUGGGGACUGUCUUUCCUUUAUUGAUACAUGACCAACCAUAUGGUAUUUUCAAGGGAAUUUUAAGAUUCAUUUUGUUUCAGUUUGGUAGUAGACUUGUUAAGGCAAAAACUUUCAUUACUUGCAUCGUGUAAACCAUCUCUGUAGAUGAGAACUGUUCAUAUUGAUGAACACAUUUUUUUCUCGACAUU